AUGCCAAGGGGCUUCCUGGUGAAGCGAACUAAACGGACUGGCGGCUCUUACCGGCUGCGCCUGGCAGAGCGAGGCUUCCCUCUGCCGGGGCCCCAGGGGGUGCCGGCCUUUCCGGGGGACGCCCCUUGCUCCACUCUGCCCAGUGCGGAGAAGGAGGCGCCCCGCGCCCCGGAGGAGCACCUGGAAAAGAGGCCGACGGAGGCAGCCUGGGAGCUGUCAGGGUCGCCCUGUCGGGCGAGUGGGGUGAGCCCCGAGGCGGGUGGACAGGGAGGCACGGAGUGGAGGGGCGAUGGCAGGGAGGGUGCCGGGCCCAGUCCCAGCCCAGCGAAGCCGGCAAGCACGGAACUGCGUCGGGCGUUUCUGGAUCGCUGCCUUAGCUCGCCCGUCUCUGCGGAGUCCUUCCCCGGGGGCACCGCAGCGGUGGCUGCUUUCUCCUGCUCGGUGGCGCCUGCAGGCGCCCCGACCCCGGGGGACCCGUUCCUGCUGCCGCUGCGGGUCCCAUUCCCGGAGCCUGCACUCCAGCCCGAGCCCACGCCUGUCGUGGCUACCCUGCCUGGCCUGAAGCGCCGUGCCAAGGGACCUCUGGGCUGUGUGUCUGGACCCAUGGCUGCGGGAAUCAAGAAGCCAAAGGCCAUGAGGAAGUUGAGCUUCGCAGACGAGGUGACCACAUCCCCUGUCCUGGGCCUGAAGAUCAAGGAGGAGGAACCCGGCGUGCCACCCCGGGGCUUGGGGGGCAACCGCACGCCGCUGGGGGAGUUCAUCUGUCAGCUGUGCAAGGAGCAGUACGCGGACCCCUUUGCGCUGGCCCAGCACCGCUGCUCCCGCAUCGUACGCGUCGAGUACCGCUGCCCCGAGUGCGACAAGGUCUUCAGCUGCCCCGCCAACCUCGCCUCUCAUCGCCGCUGGCACAAGCCACGUCCCGGGGUGGCAAACGCCACUGUCUCUGCCAACGACGGAAAGGCGCCGCCGCCAGCACCAUCGUCUUCGUCCUCGUCGUCCCCCGUCUCCGGGGUGGCCGCAUCUUUCCUGGCGGAGGGGAAGGAGAACAGCCGGGCGGAGCGGACAGUGGAUCAGCACCCACGGGCCGGGGACAGCUCCGGGCAGGAUCAGCACCUGGACAGCGCCCCGCGCCAGGGCCUGCAGCUGCUGACGCAGCCGGAGCCGCCGCUGCCCCAGAUCGCCUACCCCGAGCGGGGGCUGGGGCGCCGGGUGCUCGGGCCGGGCGGUGCUGGCGCUGGUGGCGGCUCUGAGAUCUUCGUGUGCCCCUAUUGCCACAAAAAGUUCCGUCGCCAAGCCUAUCUGCGGAAGCACUUGGGCACUCACGAGGCGGCCUCUGCUCGCACCCUCGCUCCGGGCUUCGGCUCGGAUCGCGGCGGCCCGCUCGCCUUUGCCUGCCCGUUAUGCGGGGCUCACUUCCCGUCCGCGGAUAUCCGAGAGAAGCACCGUCUCUGGCAUGCCGUCCGCGAGGAGCUGCUCCUGCCCGCUCUGGCUGGGGCUCCUGCCGAAGUGCCGGGCCCAGGCGGGGCCCCGGACGCGAGCCCGCAGCAGAUUUUCUCAUGCAAGCACUGCCCGUCCACUUUCUUUAGCUCCCCGGGGCUGACCCGGCACAUCAACAAGUGCCACCCCUCCGAAAGUCGGCAGGUAUUGCUGUUGCAGAUGCCACUGCGGCCCGGCUGUUGA